AUGUACACGCCUGCUCGGAGCGACUUCUCCAUGGCCAGCCCGUUCUCAGCCUUCGCAUACUCUCCGGCCAGCGCAGAGUACUCCCCAGCCGAGAAGAGUGAUGACAAGAAGAAGGAAGAGUUUGCGAUUCCCAGCCCGACCUACUCUCCCAGUCCGUCGGUCAUCUACUCGGCCGUCAGCAAGAGCCCGAAGAGCCGGCUCACGCCACACACCA